UUCAAACUAAACAAGGCUAGAUAGAAAUAGAGACUAUGUCAGAAUUGACGGCAAGACAGGAAUAUUAGCGCGAGACCAAUACAGUACUAUGGAAGGUGAGGUUUACUCACAGGACCAGGAAAUACAAUGACGUGUCAAAAUAAGUGUUCAAACCUGAGUUCUUUAUCCAGGUGAUUGUGGGAAUACACCCUGGGUGAGACGCCAGUCCAUCACAGGGUAACAUGCACACACACAUUCACACUCUCUAUGACACCUAACUGCAAUUUGGAUGAUUUUAGAUGGUGAUGUUUUUGGGAGGUGGGAGGAAACCGGAGAACCCAGAGGAAAUCUGUGUGGACAUCGAGAGAACACGAUGGAACCGGGUACCCUGGCACUGUGAGACAGGGACACUGUGCAACCCUCUAAACAAACGAAAUAAAAAAGAAACCCAUAAAAAUAAAACAAACUGUCCAAAUCCCAUAAAAUAUGAGUGUAUCGUCAUACAGUGCAGAGUUAAUCAUAUCAUCUGGUAAAGUAAGUUUUGAGAGAUAAACACAAGUUAGCUAAGAUAAAAAUACAAAGUGUGCAAUUUCCAUUAUCAGGUAGUGAGACAGAAAUUGUACAGAUAAUUUCUGAGCUACUAGAGCAUCAGAGGGAACGUUUAAUUCCUCACUAGUGCACUUCCCAGACUGUCCAAAAAAAAAAAAGACCAAUAGAGUCAUUGUUCUCGGGACAGUUUACAGACUUUGUAAAGGGGCUGGAAGUCCAGCAGUAUUGGCAGGCUAAGAGUGUGUGUUGGACACGACUGGCUUGUAGUGUACUCCAAGCUUCCUCAUCAGUGCAGAGCAUUUCACUGCAGUCGAGCAGCGAGUAUGGCAAGAAGGCGAAAGAUCUCACUGUUGGAGGCGUGGGUCAGGAAUCGGGCCGCACAUCCGAAGAAAGCAGAAAAUCUGAAACUAUGGCCGCGACAAUUGGCGUUGCUGAGAGACCCCGAGCUGGUUUCGUCUCUCGUCCUGCAGAAUGUGAAGAUGGCGUGUUUGCUCCCCACCGCAGGCACCAAUGUGUUCCGCCGCUUCACGCCGGAGUCGCUGGCUGAGUGUGAGCGACUCAAGGCUGAGGAAGAUGCUGAACAGGCGCAGAGGAAAGCCCAGAAGAUUGAGAUCCCAGAGGAGGAGCUGCCCAAACCCUCCAGAGACCUGGAAGCUGGAAAAUCCUUACCUUUUAUCUAUGGAGACCCUCCACCUGAGCUCCUUAACGUCCCUCUGGAAGAGCUCGAUCCCUACUACAAAACCAAGAAAACUUUCAUCGUGAUCAGCAGAGGGAAUACAAUCAACAGGUUCAACGUGGAGCCAGCCUGUUACAUUCUCACCCCCUUUAACCCCAUCCGCAGGGUUGCCAUCCGAAUACUCAUACACUCAUUGUUCAGCAUGUUCAUCAUGGUAACGAUCCUUUCCAACUGUGUGUUCAUGACGAUGAGCAACCCGCCAGAUUGGAGCAAAAUUAUGGAGUACGUGUUUACAGGGAUCUACACCUUCGAGGCUCUGGUUAAAGUCUUGUCCAGAGGGUUCUGUAUCGGAGACUUCACAUUCCUUCGAGAUCCAUGGAACUGGCUGGAUUUCAUGGUGAUCAGCAUGGCGUAUGUCACUGAGUUUGUGGACUUGGGAAAUGUCUCAGCUCUGAGGACCUUCCGUGUGCUUCGAGCCCUGAAGACAAUCACUGUAAUUCCUGGUCUGAAAACCAUUGUGGGUGCGCUGAUUCAGUCUGUGAAGAAGUUGGGAGACGUCAUGAUCCUGACCGUCUUCUGUCUCAGCGUUUUCGCCCUCAUUGGCCUGCAGCUGUUCAUGGGAAAUCUGCGCCACAAGUGCAUCCUCUGGCCUCCUCACGGCUUAAAUGAUACCACAGAUACAAACAGCACUUUCAACUUUGAAGAGUUCCUCAACAAUCCUGAGUAUUACUAUUACCUGCCUGGUAGCAUAGAUCCACUGCUCUGUGGAAACAGCUCGGAUGCUGGGAUGUGUCCUGAGGGAUACACGUGUAUGAAAGCGGGGAGGAAUCCAAAUUACGGAUACACCAGCUAUGACAACUUCGGCUGGGCCUUCCUCGCCCUCUUCCGCCUCAUGACACAAGACUUCUGGGAAAACUUGUUCCAGUUGACUCUCCGGGCAGCAGGGAAGACCUACAUGAUCUUCUUCGUGGUCAUCAUCUUCUUAGGUUCUUUUUACCUGAUCAACCUGAUUUUGGCUGUGGUGGCAAUGGCGUAUGCGGAGCAGAACGAAGCCACUAGAGCUGAAGCUAAAGAGAAGGAGGAGGAGUAUGCCAGGAUCAUGGAACAGCUCAAAAAGCAAUCUGAGCUAAAGAGAGUGAUGAUGAAAGAAAGCAUGACCUCGCUCUCGAGCAGAAAGAAAGGUGAUGGCAGCGCUGAGUGUGAUGAGAAUAAUGAAGAGCAUGGCAUUGCUUUGAAACACAGAGAGUCUAUUGAGGUGUCCAAAUCAAAUGGAUCCAAAGGAAGUUUGGACUUAAUAGAAGUUCCUAACCAGCACAACAGGAAAGCCAGUGCAGUGAGCCAUACACUAGAAGAAUUAGAAGAGUUGGAAAGACCAUGCCCACCUUGCUGGUACAAGUUUGCAGACAUUUUCCUAAAGUGGAACUGCUGUACACCAUGGAUCAGAUUCAAAAAAUUGGUGUAUUUCAUUGUGAUGGAUCCUUUUGUGGACUUGGGCAUCACUAUCUGCAUUGUACUAAACACUGUGUUUAUGGCCAUGGAACAUUAUCCAAUGACUCAUGAGUUUGAACAUGUCUUGUCUGUUGGGAAUUUGGUGUUUACAGGCAUCUUCACGGCUGAGAUGGUCCUCAAACUCAUAGCGAUGGACCCAUACAACUACUUCCAGGUCGGCUGGAAUAUAUUUGACAGCAUCAUCGUGACCAUGAGUCUUGUGGAACUCGGCUUGGCUAAUGUACAAGGGCUCUCUGUGCUCCGGUCCUUCCGACUUAUGCGUGUCUUCAAGUUGGCAAAGUCAUGGCCUACCCUGAACAUGCUGAUUAAGAUCAUUGGUAACUCUGUGGGUGCCCUGGGGAACCUGACCCUCGUCCUAGCCAUCAUCGUCUUCAUCUUUGCUGUGGUGGGCAUGCAGCUGUUUGGGAAGAGCUACAGGGACUGUGUUUGUAAAAUCUCUGAGAGCUGUGAACUGCCACGCUGGCACAUGACAGACUUCUUCCACUCGUUCCUAAUUGUGUUUCGGAUCCUGUGUGGCGAGUGGAUUGAAACCAUGUGGGACUGCAUGGAGGUGGCAGGCCAGGCCAUGUGCAUUAUCGUCUUCAUGAUGGUCAUGGUGAUUGGAAACCUGGUGGUCCUGAAUCUCUUCCUGGCGUUGCUGCUCAGCUCCUUCAGUGGAGACAAUUUGGCAUCGUCAGACGAAGAUGGUGAAAUGAACAACCUACAGAUUGCCAUAUCAAGAAUCAGCAGGGGCAUUGACUGGGUCAAGACCUUAAUUAUAACACAUGUAAGGCGUUUGUUUGGCCUGAAACCAAAGGAAGAAGAGAAGAAAGGAAAUGAUUUAGUCCUGAACCACAUGGACACGGGUGAGUCAGGAGACGAGACUAAGGAGGAGCUGAAACAGCUUGAUGGUGCUCUUAGAAUGGCUAUUGUUCCUGUCGCAAAGGGAGAGUCUGAUGUUGAAAGCCCUGAUGAUGAUGACAGUGCUUCUGAGAAUGAAGAGAAGAUCGAUGAAAAAAAGAAACUGAAAGAUGCAGACGACUCGUCCAGCUGCAGCACCGUGGACAAACCUCCAGAGGUGGAAGAGGCGGAUUCAGAGGAUGAACCAGAUCCCAUCACCCCAGUGGACUGCUGCACAGAGAAAUGCAUUAGACGCUGCCCGUGCCUGGAUGUGGACGUCACCAAGGGCAAAGGAAAGGCAUGGUGGAACUUCCGUAAGACCUGUUACGCCAUUGUGGAGCACAACUAUUUUGAGACCUUCAUCAUCUUCAUGAUUCUCCUCAGCAGCGGUGCCUUGGCAUUUGAGGAUAUUUACAUUGAGCAGCGACGAGUGAUUAAAAUCAUUCUCGAAUAUGCAGAUCAGGUCUUCACCUACGUUUUUGUCGUCGAGAUGCUCCUGAAAUGGUUUGCGUAUGGUUUCAAGACCUAUUUCACCAAUGCAUGGUGCUGGCUGGACUUCCUCAUUGUUGAUGUCUCCCUGAUCAGCCUGACAGCUAACAUUCUGGGUUACUCCGAGCUCGGACCCAUCAAAUCCCUGAGGACCUUGAGGGCUCUGAGGCCACUUCGUGCCCUGUCCAGAUUUGAGGGAAUGAGGGUGGUGGUUAACGCCCUGGUUGGAGCCAUCCCCUCCAUAUUUAACGUGAUGCUGGUGUGUCUGAUCUUCUGGCUGAUCUUCAGCAUUAUGGGUGUGAACCUGUUUGCUGGAAAAUUCUACUAUUGCUUUAACACAACCUCUGAAGAGUAUUUCUUACAUGAAGAGGUGAACAACAAAAGUGAAUGCUUCGAGCUGAUAAUAAAUAAUCAUACAGAAGUGCGAUGGAUGAACACAAAGGUCAACUACGAUAACGUGGGCAUGGGCUACCUCGCCUUGCUGCAAGUGGCAACAUUUAAAGGUUGGAUGGACAUCAUGUAUGCUGCUGUGGAUUCUCUUGAGGUGGAGGAGCAGCCACAAUAUGAGGCAAACCUCUACAUGUACCUGUACUUUGUUAUUUUCAUCAUCUUUGGGUCCUUCUUUACCCUCAAUUUAUUCAUCGGUGUCAUCAUUGAUAACUUCAACCAACAAAAAUCAAAGAUAAGAGGACAAGACCUCUUCAUGACAGAGGAGCAGAAGAAAUAUUAUAACGCUAUGAAGAAACUCGGCUCUAAGAAACCACAGAAGCCGAUCCCACGCCCCCAAAAUUGUUUCCAAGGCUUCAUCUUCGACAUUGUCACAAAGCAGUUCUUUGACAUCCUGAUUAUGGCCUUGAUCUGUCUGAACAUGAUCACUAUGAUGGUGGAGACGGAUGACGAGAGCCAAGAGGUUGAAGAAAUCCUGUACUUCAUCAACUUCGUCUUUAUCGUCAUAUUCACUGGAGAGUGUGUGCUCAAGCUCCUCGCCUUGCGACAGUAUUUCUUUCACGUUGGUUGGAAUAUUUUUGAUUUUAUUGUGGUCAUUCUUUCAAUCUUAGGCUUAGUCCUAGCGGACGUCAUUGAGAAGUACUUUGUGUCACCCACGCUUUUCCGUGUCAUCCGACUUGCCAGAAUCGGACGUGUUCUGCGUCUGAUCCGAGGUGCUAAAGGCAUCCGGACGCUGCUGUUCGCCCUGAUGAUGUCCCUCCCUGCCCUCUUCAACAUCGGCCUCCUCCUAUUUUUAAUCAUGUUCAUUUUCUCCAUAUUCGGCAUGUCCAACUUUGCCUAUGUGAAAAAAGAUGCCGGCAUCGAUGACAUGUUCAAUUUUGAGACCUUUGGAAACAGUAUAAUAUGUCUGUUCAUGAUCACAACGUCUGCCGGCUGGGACGGGCUUCUGUCCCCUAUCCUCGACAGCAGACCUCCCGACUGCGACCCAGACAUUGAGAAUCCCGGCACAGAUGUGAAGGGUAACUGUGGGAAUGCUGGAGUGGGAAUAGUCUUCUUUUGCAGCUACAUUGUGAUGUCCUUCCUUGUGGUGGUCAACAUGUACAUCGCCAUCAUUCUGGAGAACUUCAACGUGGCAACGGAAGAAAGCAGCGAGCCUUUAUGCGAGGAAGACUUCGAGAUGUUCUACGAGACCUGGGAGAAGUUUGAUCCAGAUGCUUCACAGUUCAUCGAAUACAAUGCGCUGUCCGAUUUCUGUGACACCCUGAAAGAUCCGCUGAGGAUCCCGAAGCCGAACACGGUCAAGCUGAUCUCCAUGGACCUGCCAAUGGUACCUGGGGACAAGAUCCACUGUCUGGACAUCCUGCUGGCUCUUACAACCGAGGUGCUCGGCGAGUCCGGGGAAAUGGACAUGCUCAAGUCGAGUAUGGAGGAGAAAUUCAUGGCAAACAACCCCUCUAAGGUGUCGUACGAGCCGAUAACCAGCACUCUUCGACGGAAGCAGGAGGAAGUGGCUGCUAAGGUCAUCCAGAGAGCCUACCGCAAAUACAAACUCAAGAGUUCUUGCAAUAAGGGAACCUACAGCUUCAGACAAAAGAGCGAGAAGCCUCCAUGUGUAGCUCUGCAGAAUGAGGUGGUCUUACACUCUGCCCCUUUCAUCAUCCCUGACCCGACCUACGUGGACAACUUGAGGGAGUCCAUUGUGUAGCGAGCUCUUGCGGGUUUUUUCUGGUUAUAUACUCAUCAAAAUGACACUGUUUUCACAAAACUGCUUGUUCACUUCCAAAGUUAGUCCCUACUAUGAAGGGAAUGUGAGUGUGAGCUGCAUUUGUGAGCUUUAUAUGUCACUAUGAAAAAGUUAAGAACUAAAAUCAGUGAAGAAGCCAGUGGCGUGAAUUCUUUGAAAAAAAAAAAAAGUCUGUCAUGUAGCAUUAAGAUGUUAGUUGGCACAAUUUCCUAGUCCCAGAAGAAUAGUAGAAAGAAGUACAAAUGUAGCAUGGGACUUUUAGAUAAUCUGUGAAUACUUUUGAUACAAGACUGAAGAAAUUGUUAGCUUACAUGGUGCACAUGGAGAAGGUGUUAAUUUCUUGUCAAAAUUUGAUAUGAAACAAAGAAAGGAGAAGUUAAACAUAUCUAUUUCAUUUAUAAAGCUAAAUCAGAUUACUGGUGUUAUAGACUGCAAUAUAUUACCAAUACCCUAAAUCCGAGAUAGUUAUCAGAUUUAUACUAUUUUCACAAGGAACAUUAUGUAAAAUCUGAAAUCAGAUAAGUCGUAUCUACUCAGUUAUUGCAGCCAUGUGACUGAAUAUAAUGUAGAUGCAGAAUCUGUUUAAAAAAAGACUAUAUUACACUUAUCAAUUUGUUUUCACUAGCCCUGCGUUCUAAUACUGUAACAUCAGCCUCGUCUACAUUCUCUCUUGGAAGUGUAUUACUCAUGCCACAUGAUGGCCACGUGCGGCACGAGGGAACAGGAAUGGAAACAUGCUUCACCUCGGAAUUAAAACAUAGUUGUUUGGCAAAUCAAAAAUUUCCUUUUGAAGUAGAUUCGUAUAUAGUUUACUAAUAUUCUAUCAACAGAAUAAAGUUACACAGUUAUCAUGUACAGUAUAAAUGGCAGAGUUAGCGUCAUAAUUUUUUUUUUUUUUUACGGGGGGAAAUAUUAGAUAUUUCUUGUUCCUGUUUACAUUUAUAAACAGUCUUAUCCACCAUUUUAUGUCGUGUUCAUAAAAUGGUGGUUCAGCACAUCAGCAACAGUAAAUGAAUCUCUACUUCUCUACUUGUAACUAGGAUCAUAGUAGCAUCUGCUUUAGAGCAAGUCAAUGUACUGAUACUGUAGUCGGUUAAAUCUGUAACACUGAUCAUACAGUCAGUGUUUUGAAAAAGUAAAUGCAAGUAAAUGAAUGUUAAAGUUCACUCACUGGCUAGUUUAUUGCUAGUUCGUGAGUUUUUGGUGCUGGGACACAGCAAGCAAAAACAAGCUUUCAUGGAGGCAUCCAUGUUUUCCCCUUCAAUUUAUAGCGCAAAUAAGCAGAGUUUGAAAAAAACAGGAAGCUGUGGAAGAUUGUAACGGCUUCUGUUCCGGUUUACAGUCUACACUGAUGAUGAUUUGAUCCCUCGUGCCUCACUUCUCUUGCUUGAGCAAAAGAAAUAAUGAGAAGUGGAUGAAGGUGUGUUGGAAACCGUAUUUGAACGCAUCUUUGGACAUGCUAGCAUGCUAGCAAUUUCACAUACCAAACCUACAGUACUGUGAAGAAAAAAAAAAAGGUUUUACUUGAUUUUGACUUUAUUUUCUUGGCCGUACGGUAUAAAACCUUUGCAAAAAAAAGUUAAUCACUGUAGUUUAGACUUCCUGAGAGUUUGGAGAUCUAAAUAUUAAAUAAUCUAAAUUUUAAUUUAGAUUUGACCCAGGUCAGAGUGUACUUAUAUCUGGAGCCACACUUUUUUUAGUUUAAAAUAACAUAAAAUGCAGCUCUUAGUAUUAUUCAUAUUGUAGUUUAAUUGUAUGAGUCAAGAGAGAUUCAUUUAAGGUCUUAAAUGCUUUUUACUGUUAAACCAACUUGUAAAUUUGUACGAAUUUGCACGAGGCAGCUUGCAUGAAAGGUUAGUGACGGUACAGAAAUAAUGCCUCCUAUGAAUUUGCCGUAGGUUGGUUUAUUCGUUAAAAAAGUAGGUUAUGUUGCUAUAAUCUAAGAAGCUAGCUUUUCAUUUCAGAAAGGAUUUCAUUAUUUAUUAUUGUAAAAUUUGCUUUAUAGACUUUGUGCUUAUGUUUUAUUACAGUUUUUAAUCACUGUUAUUGCCACAGACCAAACAUAAUGAUACAGAAUAGCAUUUAAACUACGCAAUUACAAAACCUUGUGGGUCUGCUCACUCUCAGAUCUUAAUGUGACUCUAAAGGAGUGUUUUAUUAAAUGUACGAGCACUUGGUGAUUAAAGCCAUUAAGCCUAUAGAUAAAAGACUCGGACAGCACUAGUAUUCACUGUUAAACAUAAAGUAUAAGUACAUUAGACUUAAUUUAAUCUAAUUAGACAUUAGUAAUUAGACAUUACAUUACUAGAUUUAUUGCCCCAUUUUUCAGUUCACGUAAUAAUAAACAUUUCUUUAUUCACUGAUACCUAUUCCUUGGUUAGAUUUUCAAUUAUUAUUACAUUUUAAACAUUUUCUGGAGUAUUUAAAAUGAUAUAAUUUAAAACAAAAACACAAAUUAAAAUAGUGUUACUGCUUUUGAUGGGCAGUGAAUAUAUAAAGAUUUAUUUGUAAAAAAAAAAAAUAAAUAAAAAAUCUGGUUGAGACCUGAGGUCAGAUUUUUCCCUGUUUAUAAUUAGUUAUGAUCAAAAGUUGAUGUAAAAGUAUCGUUAAUCGUUCAAUUUUUUUUUGAUAAUGUGUUUACAACGGGUGCACAUAAAAUCUUUUCUCUCUUUUAUUUUAUUUUUUUCCAACCAAAUUUUCUUUUUCUCAUUAAAAGGGAGUGGAGUAUGUGGUUUCUAAAGUUGUCUGAAAUAUACCAUGUAGGAUGAGAUAUUGGGUUAAUAUUUUACUUUUCACAUCCACAUAAAUAUUAAUACAGUACACAGGAAGGUGGAGCUCUUAAACCCUUUGUUUAGCUUUACAUUGUGUCCGAAUUAUUCACUAGUGCUAAUAAAUAUGUGUAGCAAUAAUAAUAAUAACAAUAAUAAUACAGAUGUAAUGUAACCCACAUAAUGGUACAUAAUGUUCAUGUUACUGAUGUAAAUACUAACAGACACUUGACAGCAAUUGUUCAAGUAUAAAACGUGACUGAAUCAUCGUCUUGACAUGUUCUUAGUAAGUGUGUAAAGUCUUUACUGGCAGUGUUUAAACACCUAAUAGUGCAUUUAGAUUAAAUAUAGUAUAAUUAAAUUACUAUUAACACCCUGAAGGUGAUUAUUCUUCUAUAACAGCACAUCCUGAAAUGUCUUAUUCCUCUUAUACCGCAGUAAUUGUAAUCCCAAUAGUCACGUUUUUUCAUUAGGUAAAGAAUAACUUGUACUUUUUUUUUUUUUUUUUUUUACCCAAAGUUACAUUUAAUGUUAUGGAAUGUCUGUGAAACAAGUUACUUACGUUAUAACAGCUAUAAACAGUCGUCCCCUCUCCAGCCUCGCUUUUUCCUCCCUCUAGUUAACACGAUUAAAAAAAACCCCACCUUGUCUUUUUCUAUAGCAGAAACUUACUGCUAAAAAAGCUUUGACACUGGAGACUCCUUCCAUAAGCAUUAAAUAAACAUCUCUUUACUGAAAAAUUCUACAUACAUGUUUUUUAAUCUGUUAUGCAAAUCUUCCAAUUUUUAAAACCAGUCGUUACUAGAGAAACACUACUGCACUACUGUCAGACCUGCUGUUUGAGAAAACUGAGAAAAAUCAACACCUCCUGACCAAUCAGAAUCAAGAUUUCAACAGCGCUGCAGUAUAAAUAUAACAUACAUUUGUAUAUGUGGUAUGAAACAUCUGAUAUUUUCUGCCAGUGCUUCUCAGUGCAAUUCUCAAGGACUCCACAGUUUUUUGAUUUUCUCAUGGAGUUCACAUGCAAGGAUGGGCGAAUUCUCUGUAUAAUCUCUGAAACGUCCCAAUUACCAACCACAACCAUGAGGCACUUUCAUUUACUUGACAGAACUGUAUCUGUGUCUCUGUAUCACUGUAUUCUGUAUAAUUUGUGUAUAAAAUGUAUUUUUUGAUGAUAAAAACUAAUAAAGUAGAAAACCUUUCUUUAAA